CCCGUGUUCAAGUUUGAUCAAUUGACAACCACGGUCUGUGAUUUCAGAACCUUGGACAACUCCUCCGGGAAGGCACGCUGCGCUUGAUUGUCUCCAGAAAGCGCACCAUCAUGUCACCAAAGAAAGGAAUGCAACUCGUCUUUCUGACAGCAUUUUGUUGUGUGCUUUUCUACCGGACGACUUGUCUUCCGGCCGUUGCUACAUAUUUAUCCAGAUCUCGAACAGUUGAUGCAGAUGAUGAUGUAGACUGGAACGAGAGUCCCUCAGUACACAACAUGGAGGACCUAAAACUUAUUUACGGCAUAACAAAUAUUGCAAGACCAGCAAGGCACGCAGAUGGACUUUUUACAAGUGGAUACAGCAAACUUUUAGGGCAGCUUUCAGCUAAAGACUACCUUGAAUCAUUGAUUGCAAAACGAUUAAGUAUGGACCUCACUGAAGAACAAUUGCCAGUGAAGCGCCACUCCGACGCAGUUUUUACCGACAACUACAGCCGCUUUCGAAAAGAGAUGGCUGUAAAGAAAUACUUAAAUUCCGUUCUGUCAGGGAAGAGGAGGUAAGAAACUGGAGAGGUGGACAAACAGUGGACAAUGUACCCUUCUUGAAAUUAUCUUGAAAAGAUUAUCUAGACAGCCUAGAUACUAAAAGCAACACUGACUACAUAUUCUGCCCACUAGUUUGGAAGAUCCCUCCUUUUCAGAGGUAUCCAUUCAGAAUGAGCUAUCUUCACAACAAACUGGUGAUGAGAUCUUAGUAGAUAAGUUAGUCAAUAAUUUCCCUCUGGUAGGUCCAUAAAGUUAAAGGGUAAGGAUACAAUAAGGAUCUUACAUUUUGUUGUUUUGUGUUAUGACAAAAGCUUUUUCAGACUCUGAGAUGUCUGAAGUGGGAAAAAUAGCAAAACCAGCCAAUAUUAAACUGUAAUUGUUGUAUACUAUUCCAUAUACUACUAUAUACAUGUCAUGAAGCAGCUAAAGCGUUGUAAAAUGUAACUAAAUUACCAUAAUCAUCUUGAAUUGAUGAGUACUAUGGGCUAAAACAAUAAAGUAAUUU